CAGAGACCGCUUUCCAAGCUUAUGUUGCUGCUCCUUCAUACAUAGCUGCUCUGAAUGAGCAAAAUCCAUAGAAAAGAUGAAAUUUGAGGAUCUCUUGCUGAAAGUUGGUGGCUUUGGCAGAUUCCAGAUUUUGAUUUUGUUUAUCCUCUGCCUCACAAGAACAAACCUUCCCAUGCAUUUCCUGCUGCACAAUUUUCUUGCUGCUACCCCCUCUCAUCACUGUGCAAUUCCACAGCAAGAGGCAUUUGUGAACCUCACCAUGGAGGAAGUUCUGCUCAUCAGCAUCCCCCGGGAGCCCGACGGCACUUUCAGGUCCUGUGAGAUGUUCUCGCACCCUCAGUUUCACCUGUUGCUCAAUUCCUCUCUGCAACCAGAAAACAACUCCAUCAUCCAGCACUGCCAGCACGGAUGGGUCUACGACCACUCGCAGUUCACCUCCACCAUCUCCACCCAGUGGGACCUCGUGUGCGAGCAGCGCGGACUGAACCAGGCGACUGCAACCUUCUUCUUCAUUGGUGUCACAAUCGGGGCCGUGGUAUUCGGAUAUCUUUCAGACAG